AUGUCUGAAGUAUUUGAAAUCUUCAACCUGGAUCUGAAGGCUGGGGACAGCCUGAAGAUCAAGGGCAAGAUAUCUGAGAAUGCUGAUGGCUUCGUCGUCAACCUUGGCUACAGCUCCUCAGAUCUGGCAUUGCACUUCAAUCCCCGCUUCAAUGAGUCUGUCAUCGUCUGCAACUCUAAGUGCUCCAAAGCCUGGCAGCAGGAGCAUCGUGACAACCACCUCUCUUUCUCCAAGGGCUCCACUAUCAAGCUCGUCAUUGAAUUCCUGGCAGACAAAUUCCAGGUGAAACUACCAGACGGGCAUGAAGUGGAGUUCCCUAAUCGACACUGCUAUGACAAGAUCACCUACAUGAGUGUCAAGGGAGGAUUCAGGGUCACCUCCUUCAAACUGGAUUGAU